AUGAUACUUUCGCGUCUCUUGACCCUCGGUCCUCGUAGGAGCAAGUUGGAGAUCAUCCCGGCGCGCAAUGGUGCCGUUUUGGCGUGGAUGAAGAAGAAUUUCGCCGUCACCUACCUCAUGUUCGUUGUGGGGAGCGGACUCGCUGCGUUCGCCACAUACACGGUAGUGUGUUUGCUCCGAAACCCAGACAUCCGUCUCCCGUUCUACGAUGAUAAACCGCGGGAUGAGUACUACUUCAACAAGCACUACUUUGGGGCCAGCAAGAACACGGACCCGAGGGUGCCGCCCGUGCGAAUGCAUUACAAUGGAGAUCUGGAAUUUCCCUACGACAACCCGCUACGCAAAGCGCGCAAGCCCUAG